UUUUUUUUUUUUUUUUCUCCGAGUCUGGCACUCUCCAACAGCAACUCACAUAUCAACCGCCCCUCAUUCCCGAGCCGGUUCAUAUUCCUGAUAACUAUUGCGUACCAAACCCCAUUCAUUCAGCCUUCUUAUCUCGAACAACAGAGUCACGUUUCGCCAACUCGACACGGAAACCUCGUGACCUGUAAUACCACAUCUCAAAAGCAUUUCAACAAAAGAACCAAAAGUCAUAGAAAUUCGAUUCGCCAAAAAAAACAAAAACAAAAAACGAUGCAUUUCUCUACUUCUUUCCUUUUCCUGCUGGCUUCCGCCACCUCUCUCGCCGCCACCGCCUUGUCCUUGCCCGCCGUGGGCCUUGACAACGACGUCGAGGGAGUCAUUAGCACCAUCACCGCCGACCUGCCUACCGAGACGUCCGCGGUUCCUAGCAGCACCGUUGCCGCCGUCCUGUCCAAUGCCGCUGCCCCCGCCGACCAAGUCGUCGGCAAGGUGCUCACGACUACUGCCGCCGCCGACGCGUCUUCUGCCGCGGGGGGUCUCGUCACCGCUGCCGCCCCCACCGGCUCCAUGACCACUUCGUACAAGAUUCAGAGCGAGUCGGGCUUUGGCAGCCCCCAGACGGCGCACUUGAGCUCCUCUUCCGCGUCUGCUUCUUCCGCCGCCAGCGCUGCUUCCUCGUCUGCUACUUCUUCCGCGUCCUCGGUCGCUUCUUCCGCAUCGUCGGCUGCCUCUAAGACUACCUCUUCUGCCUCCUCGGCCGCCGCUAAUGCCUCGUCCAAACCGACCAGCGCCGCGUCUGCUCUCAAGGGCCAGGCCUACGCCGUCUUGGGUGCCUCCUCGCUCGGUGCCCUUGCGCUCUGGCUCAUGUAAAACCAUUCAUGGUCACGUUUCCAGCCAAAUCCCCUUUUAUCCGGUGGUUACACGAAUCGAAGAAUGAGUCCUGGCGUCGAAGAAGAAAAAAGGACAUUUCAUUUUUUUUUUCUCUUAAGAAAUGCUUAAUGUUAAUAGUGUGUUGGGGCCGAUUGAUUCAAGAGACGUUUUGAGACGAAGACACUUACACAUACACACACCUACACAUAUAAUUCACUAUCACCCCGCUUCUAAAAUGUAAAUAGUUUUCGGACAGACCUAGUUGUAUUUAACCCUAUGAGAGAUACCCCAUUUCGAACAACAUUUCUAAGAAACAUCACAUAUCUGCUC